AUGGUAUCGCAAAUGAAUAUCUUCUGCGGUGGACUGGUGGCCGUACUCUCUCUCCUCGCAGAUAGCGUAGUACGCUUCACCGUGGCUCCGGAGUGCGAAAUUGCUCCAUGCACCUCCCUUCUACCCACCAGCCGGAUGGAUAUCACGUUGCCUCCGCCGGGAGCCUCCACGGACGUGUGGGUGCGCCGACGCAUGCUCUACAUAAUGCGAGGAGCGACUCGUUACCGCCUUACCCACGCCGUCCUCCCCAAUGAUACCCGGCUUCCUGGUACCAAUCACGUCGUUCACCGGGAUCGACGCAUCACCGUCAUGUGUCGACCACGGCCCGAAUGUCUGCCACAAUCACAGCCUGGAGAUGGUUCCUACUCUUAUGGCCGGUUGUCAUAA